GAUGCGCUGUGCGGUUGGCCGUGUCUCCUUGGCGCAGGACGGUCGCCACGCCUUCAGGGACGCACUUCUGAGCGGCGACAGGUCGGAUCGUGCUCUCCGUCUGGGCUGGGAAAGCUGCCCAGAGCCAGGACGUUUCCACUCACUAUCAACAGACAUUUUUGCCCCCCUCCAGCUUACACCAAUCAGGUUGCGCCUCUGGGAUCUGCCUUUACUUCUCCUGCACCUACCGAUGCCAGUUUAGCGGGCUGUGAACCUUUAAUUCAUUUGGGAAUAUCCGGAUCGGAAGUAUUACUGAAUUGACGUUGGAUACAACCCGGAGGAAAGAUGGGGAUCAGAGUGUAGUGCUGCCAGGAAUGCCCCAGACUGCGUGCCCAGGCACCAUGUUCACCACUCCCAGUGGCUUCAGCCCCCACCUGGCCUGCGCUGAGCCUGGGGAGGAGGAGGAGGCCCCCCAGGAGGGCCCGGGGCCUGGGGCUUGCCUGGCCGAUGGGCCCCCCAUCACCUCCGCCUCCCUGGACACUCUGAUCCAGAACCUGGUGCCCACUGCCGACUACUACCCUGAGAAAGCCUAUGUGUUUACCUUCUUGCUGAGUGCUCGUCUGUUCAUCCCUCCUCCGGAGCUGCUGGCCAGGGUGUGUGAGCUGUGCAUCAAACAGCAGCAGCUGGAUCAGAGCCCACUGGACACGGCUAAAGUCCGCAAGUUUGGCCCCAAGAUCCUGCAGCUGCUGACAGAGUGGACAGAGACGUUCCCCUCUGACUUCAGGGAGGAGAAGAUGGUGGGACACCUCAAAGAUAUCAUCCACAGGAUAGCCCCAUGUGAUGAGGCGUACUGGAAGACCCUGAACCAGGUGCUGCAGAAGCUGAGCCAGAAGCUGGCCCUGAUGAGCCAGGGGGAAGAGAGCAUCGUCAAGGUCUCCCUCAACGCCUCCUCCAUCUCCGACAAGCUGGCAGCCUUCAAGACCAAGCCGCCCCCGAUCCAGAAGGACAUGCUCUCCAUCUGCAACGACCCGUACACGCUGGCACAGCAGCUCACCCACGUGGAGCUGGAACAUUUGAGUCACAUUGGGCCGGAGGAGUUUGUCCAAGCCUUUGUUCAGAAAGACCCACUAGAUGGCACACAGCAGCCAUGCUUCAGUGACCAGAAGAAGAAAACCUCCAACCUGGAAGCUUAUGUCAGGUGGUUCAACAGACUGUGUUACCUGGUAGCCACUGAGAUCUGCAUGCCGGCGAAGAAGAAGCAGAGGGCCCAGGUGAUCGAGUUUUUCAUCGACGUCGCCAGGGAGUGCUUCAACAUUGGAAACUUCAACUCCCUUAUGGCCAUAAUCUCCGGUAUGAACAUGAGCCCUGUGUCCCGGCUGAAGAAGACCUGGGGCAAAGCCAAGACUGCCAAGUUCUUCAUUCUGGAGCAUCAAAUGGAUCCUACCGGAAACUUUUACAACUACAGAACUGCCCUGAGAGGAGCUGCCCAUCGCUCCCAGACUGCCAACAGCAACAGGGAGAGGAUUGUGAUUCCCUUCUUUAGUCUGCUGAUCAAAGAUAUUUACUUCUUAAAUGAAGGUUGUGCCAAUCGGCUGCCAAAUGGCCAUGUCAACUUUGAGAAAUUUGUGGAGCUGGCACGGCAGGUCGGAGAGUUCAUGACGUGGAAACAGGUGGAGUGUCCUUUUGAGCAGGACAGGGCCAUCCUACACUACCUCCACACUGCUCCCAUCUUCAGUGAGGACGGACUCUACCUUGCGUCCUAUGAGAGUGAGAGUCCAGAAAACCAGGUAGAGAAGGACAGAUGGAAAGCACUCAGGUCCAACGUUCUGGGGAAGACAUGAGGCGCUGGAGGCAGCUAACCCUCACGCCGGCGAGGGAGCAUGUGUUCUCAUUGCACUAAAAUGAACUGUGAAGGAGCCUAGCUGGUACUUAGGUGUUUUUUUUGUAUGAAGAAAAGAUGAAAAAAAAAAGCAAAAUGAUGAACGGGAUUCAUCAAGAAGACAGUGUAAAAAAAAAAAAAAAACACGAAGAAAUGCAUCAAAAGAUUGAAAAUAAUAGUGAAGCUAUAGAAACUGGAGCAAAAUGCCUUUGCAGUAUAUUAACUACUAAUGAUUGGGUACAGUAUGUUGGGGAGGGAUAUCACUAUCCCCCCCUCACCUUGAUGUUUGUUUACUCUGUGGGGAUUCGUUUACUACCAUAGAGCGUACAGGGAAAAACACUUUUUAAAAUGAAAUUCCUACUGAUUCUGUUGUUGUUUUUGUAUUUGCUCUGUGACUCUCUCCCUCUCCCCCCCUCUCUCUCUCUCUCUCCCUCUCUCUCUCUCUCUCUUUCUCAUCCCCUCUAGUCCAAAGCCUUGUCUAAUUUUUAUUUUCUUUUUCCCUUGGAUGUACUAUACUGUAAUAUGACUUACAAUGAUGUGAAGGGCGCUGGCUAGCCCAAAUCAGCUGCCGAAUUCAAUAGGUUCACUGAAGG